CAAGGACACAAGACUGGGGGCAGCACCGCUUCUCUGCAGUCCUCUACCACAGUAUCUCCUUUUCUGGUGGAGACUCUAUGGUAACGCGGAAGCGAAUAAAGCAUUCGUGAGUUGGUGUCUGCGUCUAUGGUCGGGAAGCUGUUGCUGGGAGCCGGUCUCUCUUGUUCCAGUCAGGCUCUCUCUCAAACAGGAGCUGUGGUUGACCGGUCUCUGUGCUCGUUAACAAAUUUCAGAUUGAUGGCACCUGCAGCCCCCAAAGCAAUAAUGCUUCAGAGCUUAGCAAAAUUACUUCAGGAUUCAGGAGAUUUGAUUCUAGAUGGUACUAGCACCUUGACCUUGUUCACCUCCACACUACAGACUCUCACUCAAAUCUUUGAGCAGCAUCUGUUGCCACGAAACCAGAAUCAUGGUUUCAUUGCACUCUCGUCACACCCUACUGAAACAUCUGCUAUCCUUCAAGCCCAGUUCCUUUUUGAUGUUUUGCAAAAGACUCUCUCACUGAAGCUCAUUCAUGUUCCUGAUUAUGCUCUGCCAGCAGAUGUGAAGAUUUCGCCCUUCAAAUCUUUGCGACGUCUAGAGCUGAAGUGUGUUCCUUUGCACUGUCUCCGGGGUCUGCGGUUUGUCUAUUCCCAGUUGGAGGCUUUGACCUGUUCCAAAUGUGUGAACUCCUUGAAGGAGAUCUUCUCUGCAUGUGGAGGAGACCUCAGUACUGCACUUCCUUGGCUGGAAUUACAGACAGUGAACUUCAGCUAUAAUUUCAUUGCCAGCUUGGAUGAAUCAUUGCAAUUACUGAAUGUCCUGAGGGCUCUGGAUCUUAGUCAUAAUCUCAUCCAGGACUGUGAGCACUACCUGACAGUGCUGACAGAGCUGGAAUACUUAAAUAUGGGCUAUAAUUUCUUAUCUAAAAUUCCUAAUCUUGGGCUACACAGUCGAGCUAAACUAGUGACUCUGAUUCUACGAUACAACCAGCUUGAUAACAUUAAUGGUGUAGAACAGCUUUCCAGCCUUCAGCAUUUGGAUGUUGCCUAUAAUUUGCUGCUGGAACAUGCCAUUUUAGCACCACUGUCCUUGCUACACAACCUGAGAAAAUUGGAUCUGGAGGGUAAUCCUUUAUGGUUCCAUCAGAAUCAUCGCCCCGAUACCAUGAAGCACUUGUCUCCCAGGGCUGUUUCCUGCAAUUUCCUUCUGGAUGAAGAGCCACUGUCUGCCUCUGACCUGCGGCAUUAUUCAAAACUGGAUCACACAUUUGCUCAGCCACUCUACACGCCAGCCUCAGAGAGGGCCCUGACAGACCGUAGCGUGUUGGAAAGUUCUUGUGCUGCAGACCAAAGUGAGAGUCAAUCCCCUGGAGAGAGCAAAUCUGCUAGACUUCCUCCUCGGAAGAGAACUAAGGGAAAAGUCAAAGUGCGCAGAGCUGGCAUUUCAGAGCCCAGUGAUACAGAACAUGAGAACAGAACAUUGCACCUCUCAGCAGGUAUAGUUCGGCAGCAUCAGGCAGAGAUGGAGCGUAUGGACAGCUUCCGGGACCGCUUUGGUGCACGUUGGCUCCAGUAUACACAACACCUGGAAGCAGAUGGAGAGGCAAGGCUCAUCACCCGCUCUGGCAGCCCCACAAUAGGCAGCUCAGGUGGGUCUUCUGAUCAUAGCAAGAGCGCAGAGACGGAGCAGGAUGUUUCGGAUGCUGCAGGAAGAAAAGAGCUGGAACUGCCACAGACUCGGCCAGUGGUGGAAAGUCUCAAGGCAAAAGUAGAAGCAGAUGGCUUGGCAGCUAAUGAAGACAAAGAGCAGGAAGAAAAACUGGAAGUGGACCUCUGCCAGCCAGUGUUGGUAAGCCAGAUAGAAGGUGAUGGUGACCCAGAACCAGACUGGAUCUUCCUGCGGGUCACUGCUCAGCAUGUGAUGGAGGUAGAGCUGAAAGCAGCCAGGAUUCUGCACAGGCUGGAGCUGCAAAGCCUUCAGAAAGUAGAGACCUCAGAGAUACCCUGGAAAAGGAUGGAUCUAGAGCGUGUGUUUCCAGUUCUCACACUGCAUUUUAGCUAUAUCUGCAAGGAACGCCAGAAACGUCGCUACGUGGUGUUGGAUGACCACCCUGAACUCUGUGUACAGGAGCUGCUCAGAGUCCUGACACCCAUCCUGGAGAAAAACAAGAACAGAGGCCACACAAAGGGAGGCCCAAGGUUCCAGUGUCUGAAAUGCAAGCAAGAGUUUCCAGGUUGCAGGACACUUGAUCGGCAGCAUCUAGGCGGUACUAAAGAGGCUACACCUUUCUCUGAAGAAGAUACAUCAGCUUCUAGUGAGCCCAUCAUCUGCCCCAGCUGCUCCAGUGACCAUGUAGUCAUUUUGCCCUGUGAGAGACGUUUCAGCACUUCAUUGCCCCCUCCAGAUGGCUUUGGUGAAAGCCAGCAAGAAGCAGAUUCAGGAAAAUUCUACAUUGGUGAAGAUAAUACCUCUGAAACAGGAACCAGCUCAAGCAUGCAGAUUCAAGAGCUGAGCGGUGACCAUAGCAGCACUACGCAUUCCAGUUCCCACAGUUCGGAAGGAGGAGAAGCUAGCAGAAGGGAUCUGGGCUCCAAGAGUCACCAUUCCUCCUUCAGCCGCACAGACACCAAUGGAGGGAGCCUGAUGGGGAGCUAUCACUAUAGUACUUCUCGUGGAGCCACUCCUUCCCAGCUGUCCCUGAGCUCAGAGCACGAGGAGCACUGGAACCUGAGCCCCCCUUCCAAUAGUAUGUUGACCAUGCGAGACUUCUUUUCUGUGGAUCAUCGUCUGAAGCUUUAUUUGGAUAUGGAGGUCUUUGAAAAGGCAGAAGAAUUCAGAUGCUUUCUCAAGGUAGCUAUAGUGAAAAAUGGCCGGCCUGGGGAGUUCCAGGCACUCCUGGUGGCUUCAGAUGCCCAGCUUUAUGUGUUAGAGGUAACGGGAGAGAUAAGGGGACAGCCAUCAGAUUGGCUGAAGAAAGUGAACUCCCACUGCCUGUCUGACCUCUGUUGCCUGGAGGUGGGCUUGUGCCACCAGAGCUUGCAUAUGGAGUUUGUAAAUCCCUGUGCUUCCUAUACUUUGCUACUUCGCAACCAGAACCGCUGCAGAAGAUUUCUCCAGUGCCUGACAUAUCUCUCACAGGAAUUGCCAGCCAAAAAAAGGAAAAAAAUCCCAGAUGUGACUGUGGUAGAAAUGAAUCCACAUCACCCAUUAUGGCCAUUGAUUGACAAAGACCUUGCAAAAGAAGCUGUAGGUGGGUCAGCCAGACCCUUCUUCUACCUGUUGGCAUAUCUCAUCCAAGGGACUUCAGCCUUCCCUGUGACUGUGGUCAGCACACGUAGUAGCAUCUUCUUAGUAGAAGAGGAUCACCAGUGGCCGAAAGCCCCACCUUCCUCAGGCUCUGAGAGUGGUGCUGAGAAGGAGUCCAAGAUCUACUUUCACGUGAAAGAGAGUGAGCCAAUCAGCAGCAUCUGUGGUGUUGUGCUCUACCGGUUCUCCCCCUGUGAUGUUCAGUUGCAGCUUUAUGAUGAGGUCCUCAAAGUGGAGAGCAUGUGGCAUUUGCGAACAGAGUGUCCUGAUCUGCUGGCUGAACUGGUGGAGUGGCUGCGUGUACCCUGGGAAGAGAUGUUCUCAAUUGCUCUCCGUAAGACUGUGCUGGAGGUGUUCAAGUAAAUGAAGGAACAUCUGGCACGUUUCUGUCCUUGUUAGACAGGACAGCUCUUGGAACUCUUCACGUCUUUGCUGCGCAAAACUAAUUUGAACUUCUCAGUUGUUGGAAGCUCCAGCAACAUCUGGUAACUGCAACAGGAUAGUGGCUGUCCAUCCAUUGUGUUCAUAACACAGAUUCUAGGCCAGUUGUAUGACUGCCUUGGUGUUUGUGUAGGUCACUUCCUGUAGGGCAGGAGGAGGACCAGCCACAGCCAGGCCACAAAUGACUUCCUGCAGGAUUGGAAGAAGAUUCCAUAGGGGCUCCGGGGGCUUUCCACAGCAGUUCUAUGUGCACUUGCCACUUUUUUCUGGGGAGGUCAGGCAAACUAGUGACGCAAUAAAACUGUCAUGGGUUCAGGGACUUGACAUCUUCAGGGUGGAUCCCAUGAACCUUCUGACCUUCCUUGUUUGUAUUCUAGAAUGGUCUAGAAUGGAUGCUGGGGCCUGUGCGUCUUACAGGCAGAACCUGUACAGAGUCAUCAUGGCUGCUACUGGGACAUGGGGUUGGGAAUUCUUGUACACUUUGUGUCUGUGGAUGUGGGGAUUACUCAGGGUAGAAGUCACUGGAAGCCAUGUUCUGUGUGGAAGACAAAGACACAUUUUAACUGUGAAACUUUUAUUUUUGUUGGUAAUAAAAGUGUUUUUAUUAGCCUUU